GAGGGCAUGCGCCAACAAACCCUGAACGGAAGAAGACAUCUCGCGAGAUCGCAGAUAAAACUCAAAUGUAAAAUUAUUGCUGCCGAAAUGAGUAGGGGGAAAACAUUGCUUCGAAAGCGCUGUAAUAAUAUUAUCUGCUUGGAACAACAGAACUCUAUGCAAAUAAAUAAGUUGUUUGAACGCAGAGUCUGCUUUCUGUGUUGUUUGGAGAAUAAAAACCAAAACAACUUUGUUUGUUAGGGUCUGUGUCCGAUGUGAGAGCCCUGUCUGCAGGACAUGAAUCCCCAGCAUGGCCUGGCAGAGGAUGUGCACCACCCUGCCACCGAAGUGAUUGCCUUUGUGGUUGGAGAUGAUGGGCAGCUCUGCUCUGUGCAAGAAGAGCCGGCUGCAGGAACACCAAAAGAUGACAUUAGAACUCCAGAAGAUGAAUUGUAUAAUCUUGAAGAAAACAACUCCAGAGGUGCUUCAACGUGCAACAUUUGUGGAAAAUCCUACAAGUAUUUCCGAAGUUUUUUGAAACAUGCAGAAGAGCAUAGCACCACAGUAUUGGGAGGCAACCCCAUCAUGUCUCGACGUGCCAGAAACCGUCGCCUCAGUCACAAUGAGAAACCAGUGCUUCAGAACUCGCAGGUUUACCAUCCAGUGGAGAAAACUGAAAAUCACGGCACACGAGGCAAGGUGAAUUCCGUCUUGAUGAGCAGUUCUUUUAAAAGUGGACGCCUAUAUCGACGAAAGCCACAUGUGAAAGUGGAAGCAUCCAUUGAAGAGACUCAGAGCCCCAACACAACAGCAGAGAAGAUGAUUGUGCAGAAGCUGCCAUCCCCUGGGAUUCCUGGCUUAACUUGUCAGCAGUGUGGAGCUCGAUUCUCCCGCAAAAGUGGUUUGCGGGACCACAUUCAUUUUGUGCACGAGAGGUACAGACCGUAUCCUUGUGAUUUCUGCUGUUCAAAGUUCUGCCGACCAUCUCAACUGAUGAACCACCUUGACCGACGUCAUAAAGAUACAGACUCUUUCAUUAUUCCCGUUGCACCUGCCUCACACGUCCCUAAAGAGAUCAAGCUGGAGAAUGAGGAAGAGCCUGCAGAUGAAGCCUUGCUGAGUAUAAGCAGCGUGACAUCAUCACCCCCAAGGAAAAGGAUGCACCUGGAGAUCAAGCCAGAGCCUCACACUAUCCUGUGUGUGUCCGCUGUCAAGGAAUCUACACAGAAAAAAAUCAAACUGGAAGAGGAGGAGCCAGUGUCAUUGCUUUAUGCAUGCAAAAUACCAUCAUGUGGAAAAAUAUAUAGGUCCAGACAUACCUAUUUAAAGCACAAGAAAGACCAUCGAAUUGCAGCAAAAAACAACACACAGAGAUUACUUCAAGCAAUACAAGGUUCUUUAAGCUGCCCGGUAUGUGGAGCUCAUUUUUCCCGCAGAGGGCAUUUGUACGACCACAUUCUUUAUGUUCACGAGAAGUACCGACCACAUGGUUGUGACAUGUGUGAUCAGCAGUAUACCCGACCCUCAGAACUGCAGAGACAUAUUGAGAAAUGCCACGCAGGUGGGGUUGGGAACCAAAGGACAAAGGAAGCUGAGAAAGUCGAACAAGGAAGCAGCGAGGUUGAAAACCAAAGGAAAAAAGCUGCCGGGAGAAAAGAGCAAAGAAAAAAGAAGAAAAUCCAAAUUGUGCUGCCUAGGAAACAAUCCAACCCCACUGCACCUUCCAGUGAGAUUAGAAAUGAGAACUCAGUGAGCCUGAUGAAACCCAGUGCAGUUUUACAGAGGAAUUCGAUGCUCAUUGCAUGUUUUGAUGAAAUCUCCAAUGAAAAUUCAGAGCACAUGCUGUCUUCUAUUGAAGAUUACGAUGGCUAUUCUGAGCAGCUGCUCUAUUCAAGUGAUGCUUGCAAUGCGAGUUCUGUGCACACGCCCGGCAACAAUGACAUUCUUAAUGGGAGUUCUGUGCACACGCCCGGUAACAAUGACAUUCUUAAUGGGAGUUCUGUGCACACGCCCGGCAACAAUGACAUUCUUAAUGGGAGUUCUGUGCACACGCCCGGCAACAAUGACAUUCUUAAUGGGAGUUCUGUGCACACGCCUUGCUCUAAUGACACUGUGAUUGAGAAUUCUACCUACAUGAAUCAACACUCCCAACUUGACGAUUCAGAUGGUUUGUCAAUGAUCCAGAUCAGUAAUGUGACCUCCCUGGUGAUGUCUCAAGCGGAUUUCCUUCAGACCCCAGGUACUGAUGAAGUCAUUGAAGUGGGCAGCGUGGCGAGUCCUGUGUGUUCAGCAAGAUCUCAGCAGACAAAGCCGCAUGCAAGGAAGUAUAUCUGUGGGGUAUGUGGACAGGAACACAGGUUAUAUUCCAGUCUCCUGAAACACAAAUGGGUGCACUCAGGAAGAAGGCGAGUUUUUUGUUUGCUCUGCGGGAGAAGCUUCUUGCAGCCAAAGGACCUUGACAGGCACAUUGCCUGUGUUCACUCUCAAAGCUUCAGGUUCAAAUGCACGCACUGUGAGAUGGGCUUCAGUCGGCGUGUGCUGUUUUGUAAGCACGUUCUCCUGGCACACUGUGGCAUUUUUAAACUACGAAAGCAAGACGUCCUCAACAUCAGGGUAUUGAACAAAUCGGAAACGCUGACGACCUGCACCCGCAGCUUGUUGUAUUAUUGACAGAGUGUUCUCAGGAAUGUUGAAAUCUACAGAUAAACUUUUUCCUACGCUGCUUUAUGGAAAUGGCAUUGAUGCGUGAGCACUAUGUAGAACGUGUGUAGUUCAAACUAAUUUGUUUAAUCUGAGGUUGCUUUAAUGAGAAUUGACUGCAUAUUGAUUGUGACUACUCUACUCCAUGGCAUUGUUCUUGCCUGGCUCAGGUACAGUAAUAGACGACACACUGUUCCAUUUAAGCUUGGUAUUCCAGCCAUGUCCUGAUCUAGUACUAUGCAAUGGAAGAGCUGACGACAGGAACACAGAUCCAGUGUUUCCAUCCCUGUGGUUUUACACACAGUGCAGUAGAAGCCACUGAAAACAAUUAGUUGAUCAUUACUUACCAUGCUUACUAACAAAUUCCCUUUUCAACUACUUAGAAAGCAGAAUUUUGGAAGUGAGGUUUUUUUUUUUAUUUUUUAUCUGUAGUUACCACUAGGGGGUGUGCAACUAAUUUCUGCACCCUCUGAAAUUGAUUUUCCAAUAACUGCCAUAGUUGCUCCUAAAGUGUUCAGUAAAUGAUUUUAAAUAAUCCAUUAACCCACAAUUAAUCGACCUUUUUUGUUGUUUUUAUUUUCAGAUUUAGAAAGCCUGAAGUGUCACAUAUGCAAAAAGAAAUACAAAACUGCACAUCACCUUCAGGGUCAUAUCCAAAAGCAUCACAGCGUCUGUAAGCAACUCUGAUUGCAUUCUUCAAGGGUCUGGUCACUGGCAUGUACCCAGCGACUUCACGUUGUUAAUGCAGUCAUUGCACAGGCAGAAGAGACUGAUGUUGCCCAUGCAAAUGUCUGUUUACAUUUACAUCUAUGCAAAACCUACAAGCGCAAGUACCAUCAGCACAAACUAAGACGAUGCUCGAGUCAGGUAUGGAAGUGUAGUAUCAGCAGCACAAGCUAAGACGAUGCUCGAGUCAGGUAUGGAAGUGUAGUAUCAGCAGCACAAGCUAAGACGAUGCUCAAAUCAGGUUUGGAAGUGCAGUAUCAGCAGCACAAGCUAAGACGAUGCUCGAGUCAGGUUUGGAAGUGCAGUAUCAGCAGCACAAGCUAAGACGAUGCUCGAGUCAGGUUUGGAAGUGUAGUAUCAGCAGCACAAGCUAAGACGAUGCUCAAGUCAGGUUUGGAAGUGUAGUAUCAGCAGCACAAGCUAAGACUGUGCUCGAGUCAGUUUGGAAAUGUAACCUGCGUGUUUGGUAGCUUAGCGUGCUCUUUUUUUUUUCCCCCAGUGCACACAUGGUGAUAUUACAUCCACAUUCAAUCAGUUGGGUCUGUGGCUUUGCCUGGAUCAUCACACUUUUAGCAAUGUACAAUCUCCCAGUCUGCUUUCGUUUGCUCACACCUCACAGCUGAGCUUCAAACCCUCAGUAAGAAUGCGCUGUGCAAACGAUUGUUCAGCAGAAACAGCAGUGUGUAAAUGAAGAGGCCUUUGUCGAACUUUGUUGGUUACCAAAAGGUUCGGAUCAGAGUUUAUUUCUCAGGGGAACAAAAGAGUUUUUUUGUACAGCCGCUUUAUUUUUUAUCAUGUACUUGAAUUCAUGUACUCGAAUGUCUUUAAAUAAUGUACAAAAUAGAGAAGUUAUUUUUCUUCUACAUGUCUAAACAAUAACUAAUAAAUUGUUUUGGAUUUGAUCAAA